CCGGACGGUUUUUGCAGUUGCGCGCUGUUCGACUCCUCGUUUCAGAGAUCAACUUUCGUCACAUUUUCUUUCAAGUUUAAGUAUUUUUUGUUGUUAUUUGGAUCGAAAUCACACCAGCAAACAUUUAAUAAGACUCGUUCAUCUUAUCUUCAGUCGCUGUUGAAUCUGUUUGUUGUUUUUUUUUUAACGUGAAUUAAAACGUUUUAAAAUAGUUAAACAGUUUGAAAGUGCGGUUCAGGUUCAGUGUUCAGCUCUGCUCUCACACGACGUCCUUCAGUCCACAUCAAACUGACCUCAGAGUGAACGAUGGCGGUUCAGGUGUCGGAGUCCGAUCAGAUCAAACAGUUUAAGGAGUUUUUGGGGACGUACAACAAGGUGACGGAGAACUGCUUCAUGGACUGCGUCAAAGAUUUCACCAACCGGGAGGUGAAACCGGAGGAGUCCAGCUGUUCGGAGUCUUGCCUGCAGAAGUAUCUGAAGAUGACUCAGCGGAUCUCGAUGCGGUUCCAGGAGUACCACAUCCAGCAGAACGAGGCUCUGGCCGCUAAAGCCGGACUGCUGGGACAGCCGCGCUGAACCGGACCGGACCGGACCGGACCAUCGACGUUGACCCAGCAGGCCGAGAGGAUCCGGACCGAUCCGGCACAUCUGUCUCACCGCGACGGAUCAAUAAAGACUCUGAGCUGAUGACGUUUUUGUUACACCUGGGUGGAAGCCCCGCCCCCUGCUGAAGCCCCGCCCCCCUGAGUUAAGAAGCUGAAAAAUGCUGCCGAACGAGUUUCUGCUGCCGAACCUGCGAGAAAACGAAGCUCUGUCAGCUGAUCUGUGUCGAAGCAUCAUGGGAGAUGUAGUUGAACCAGACAGACUGACAGACUUUAACUCGUGUACAGAAACAGUGGAAUCGUCCUUUAAUGUCGGUUUCAGUUUUUAUGUUGAUGUGAUGUUGAAAUAAGUUUUUUUUUUUAUUAAACUUAAAUCAUGAACCUCUGACAUCGUCGUCCUUCAUCACGUCUGGAAAUAACAUCAACAUGUUUCUUUAAUGUGGAAAUAAAUUAAUAUAAAAACAA